CUAAUAACACUACAGUCUGCAGCAGCCGCACCGCUCGUACCAAACCGAGUUCUAACGUUGAUCACAAGUCUAUUGCCGUUGUCUAUUACCGUCGUUACGUUUGCGUAUCAAGUAUUUUUCGUCAUUAAAAUAAUAAUAAUUUUAUUGUUUUAACUUUUAUCAAAAACGGUAAUGUCGAAUGCGUAUCAAUCGCGGUCGUUAUAGCUAGUAUCAAAAAAAUUGUAUCUACCAAAUUACUCUAAAUAACCAAGGCCCGACGGGAAAGCGCGCACACCAGGAGAACAAAAAACUGUUCAGACAAUAAUAAUAAAAAAAAACAUGGGAAUCGUCUGUGGCGGACGUGCCGACAGCGACGACGAAUUGCCCGCCUAGUCGGCAGACGAGUGCCGCAAGGCGAGAUAACCCGGUCAUUGGUAAUAAUAAUAAUAAAUACUAGGUGAAGUGAGCUGAUAAUAAUAAAAAAAAAAAAAAACACUCGACAACCUAUUCUGAGGUUGAGAUUGCUGUGCAGUGUUAGAAGCAUUCAUAGCAGUCUUGGACGUCCACCACCCUGUCCAACAAACACUUAUUCGUGGAUUUUCUUUUACUUGAAAAUCGCACAUAUCAUUUUUGUAUUCUCACACUAUGAGUGCGUAUCACAUGAACACUGCUCCUAUUGUAUACGACGCUCAGAACUCUACGCUGUUUGGUCACGGAUUAUUCAGCGAUUGUUACUCAAAUAUCCUGGGCACGACUGCAACAAUGUUCCUGUCCACUCAAUAUCAACCAAUUUUCAUGUCUGUGAUUGGAUCUAUCGUUGUGGGUCUUAGUGGACUUUUCCCUCUACUUAUAUUGCCAGUCAACGACUCAAUUUCUCUAAAGACUGGACCUGGCAGUAAACAUUUACGUCUAUUAUUGAGUUUUUCCGUUGGUGGUAUGUUGGGUGAUGUAUUUUUACAUGUUUUACCUGAAGUAUGGAUCGCUUCUAAGGAUAGACAUGUUGACUGGAUACGGGAUGGCUGGUGGGUCCUGGCAGGUUUAUUAGUAUUCAUCAUAGUUGAGAAAUUGUUUUCAUUAUCAGAUGACAUAGAUGAAAAUGAAACUAUUAAUAAGAAAGUGUCUACUAAUAUAAACUCAGUCAAUAACAACCUUAAGGACCUAGGAAAAACUAAAUGUGAUAAUGAUGUGAUGGCCAAAGGAAAAAGUCACAUUCAAAUAAGUGGUUAUUUAAACUUAUUGGCCAAUUGCAUCGAUAAUUUCACUCAUGGUUUGGCAUUAGGAGGAAGUUUUCUCAUAUCCCCAAGAGUUGGUUUGUUCACCACAUUGGCAAUAUUGGUACAUGAAAUUCCACACGAAGUUGGUGAUUUUGCUAUUCUUUUGAAGUCUGGGUUCAGUCGUUGGGAAGCUGCAUGUGCUCAAGUAUACACAGCUUCUGCUGGUAUAUUUGGAGCUCUUACGGCCAUCUACUGUAGUGGAGUUACUAGUGAUGUUGAGGCAAAAACAUCUUGGAUUAUGCCGUUUACAGCUGGUGGUUUCCUUCAUAUUUCUUUGGUUACUGUUUUACCUGAACUUAUACUUGAAGAGAACCCAAGAGAAUCAAUUAAACAGUUUAUGUUGAUAAUAGCUGGAAUAACAGUUAUGUUUGUCAUGUCAAAUCUGUUUGAAUAAUAUAACAUAUAUUUUUUUUCCUUGCCUACUCUCCUAUCAUGUAUCCCAUCAUAAGACUAUAAUUUAAUAUUAUUAUUUUGACAUUUUUACUGUAUUAAAUCACAUAAUUAAGUACCACCUAUUACUACUUGUUUAGACAAUUUUAUGUUAAUUAUGUAUUGUAUUUGUAUUAUUCAUAAAAAUCUCCUGUUUUCUGAUCCAAUUUUUUUCUAAUGUUACCAUAAGACAGACCCACACAUUACUACUUAUAUUUAUAAAAAUUACAUCUUCAGAGAUUUAA